GCGUGCUCACGUGACAGGUCCGCGAGGCCCCGCUCGCGCAGUCGUCUGGACGAGCGAAGAUGGCGGCCGAGAGGGAGCCUCCUCCGCUGGGGGACGCGAAGCCCACCGACUUUGAGGAGCUGGAGGACGGAGAGGACCUGUUCACCAGCACUGUGUCCACCCUAGAGUCAAGUCCAUCAUCUCCAGAACCAGCUAGUCUUCCUGCAGAAGAUGUUAGUACAAACUCUAAUGGUCCGAGACCUGCGGAGGUGGUGUUAGAUGACGACAGAGAAGAUCUUUUUGCAGAAGCCACAGAAGAAGUUUCUCUGGAUAGUCCAGAAAGGGAACCUAUUCUGUCUUCAGAACCUUCUCCUGCAGUCACACCUGUGACCCCUACGACACUCAUUGCUCCGAGAAUUGAAUCAAAGAGUAUGUCUGCUCCUGUGAUCUUCGAUAGAUCCAGGGAGGAGAUUGAUGAAGAAGCAAAUGGAGAUGUUUUUGAUAUAGAAAUUGGUGUGUCAGAUCCAGAGAAAGUUGGUGAUGGAAUGAAUGCUUACAUGGCAUAUAGAGUAACAACAAAGACUUCUCUCUCCAUGUUCAGUAAGAGUGAAUUUUCCGUGAAAAGAAGAUUCAGUGACUUUCUUGGUUUGCAUAGCAAGUUAGCAAGCAAGUAUUUACAUGUUGGUUAUAUUGUGCCACCAGCUCCAGAAAAGAGUAUAGUCGGCAUGACCAAGGUCAAAGUGGGUAAAGAAGAUUCAUCAUCCACUGAAUUUGUAGAAAAACGGAGAGCAGCUCUUGAAAGGUAUCUUCAAAGAACAGUAAAGCAUCCAACUUUACUACAGGAUCCUGAUUUAAGGCAGUUCCUGGAAAGUUCAGAGCUGCCUAGAGCAGUUAACACACAGGCUCUGAGUGGAGCAGGAAUAUUGAGGAUGGUGAACAAGGCUGCCGACGCUGUCAACAAAAUGACAAUCAAGAUGAAUGAAUCGGAUGCAUGGUUUGAAGAAAAGCAGCAGCAAUUUGAAAACCUGGAUCAGCAACUUAGGAAACUUCAUGCUAGCGUCGAAGCUUUGGUCUGUCAUAGAAAAGAACUUUCAGCCAACACAGCUGCCUUUGCUAAAAGUGCUGCCAUGUUAGGAAACUCUGAGGACCACACUGCUUUAUCUAGAGCUUUGUCUCAGCUUGCAGAGGUGGAGGAGAAGAUAGACCAGUUACAUCAAGAACAAGCUUUUGCUGACUUUUAUAUGUUUUCAGAACUACUUAGUGACUACAUUCGUCUUAUUGCCGCAGUGAAAGGUGUGUUUGACCAUCGAAUGAAGUGCUGGCAGAAAUGGGAAGAUGCUCAAAUUACUUUGCUCAAAAAACGUGAAACUGAGGCAAAAAUGAUGGUUGCUAACAAACCAGAUAAAAUACAGCAAGCUAAAAAUGAAAUAAGAGAGUGGGAGGCGAAAGUACAGCAAGGAGAAAGAGAUUUUGAACAGAUCUCUAAAACAAUUCGAAAAGAAGUGGGAAGAUUUGAAAAAGAACGAGUGAAAGAUUUUAAAACUGUUAUUAUCAAGUACUUAGAAUCAUUAGUACAAACACAACAACAGCUGAUAAAAUACUGGGAGGCAUUCCUGCCAGAAGCCAAAGCCAUUGCCUAGCAAGAAGAUUUCUGUUACGAAGAUCUUGGAUGUUUGUUCCCGUUAUGCUGAAUUCCACAGUGAAAUCAUUUAAAACCAUCUAAAUAAACCACUCUAUAUUUUCUGAAUUACAUGUGGUUUUUUUAUAUACAUAUAUAUGUAUAUAUCUAUACUCUGACAUUUUAUGACAGGCUGCAUGUCCUGACCCUCUUUGAAUUAAGCGAACUGUGGCAUGACAUUCUGCAAUACUUUGCUGAAUUGAACACUAUUGUGUCUUAAAUAUUUGGCACUAAAAGGUGCACUGCAAGGCCAGAAAAUUUUACAAUAUUUUUUUCUUUAGUAUGUUCUUCUGUAGUAUGUUCUCCCUCUUUAUGAAGUGAAUUAUCAAUGCAUUGAUUAAUGUUCACUUAUACAUUCCUGUACAGAAAUUAUGAUUUUGUGAUUACAGUAAUAAAAUGAUAUUCCUUGUGAAGUAUUUAGUAACAAAUUAUUUGGGUAUGUAAACAUGUUAGAGAGCUUUUAAAAGCAUUUUUAAUCAGAAGAAAUUUUUGCUUCUAGAUGUACGUAGGUGAUGCUCUGAUCCAUUAAUUUUUUUUAGUUGACAGAAAAAGCUGAACUCUUUCAUUAUAAAUGACUAAAUGAAGGUUAAGUUCUCUUCUGAAAUCAUCAUAAACCAAAGAACAUAUAUCUUUUGCAUAAAGGAGAGAAUGAAUACUUUCUUUGCUUGUUUUACUCCUAUCCCUAUUACCAGUGCCCAAUUUAGGAAUUAGGAAAAAAAUGUAUUUUUGUGCUUCCGUUUUAAGUUCUCUGAUUUUGCUCAUCUUCUAUCUCCAAAGUCCUAGACUUUGCAUGUAUUUAAUUUAUUCUUUGCCUUUUCUUUGUUUUUCAUUUUAAACUAAAGGUAAGAUCAUCUGUGGUCAUAACUGACAAAGAAUGGUACCAUGCUAAAAUUCCCCAUGAUUCGAUGAAUAACCAAGGAUACUGGAAAGCACAUUUGAAGCAAAAUGAAUUUGUCUUUGGCACCCUUCUUACCUAUACUGUAUCUUGUUCAGAUGGCUGUUAUCUAAUAACCCUUGAUGCUAACAAAAGUUUAAGUUGUGACUGGCAUCAGUGUUUUCAUUUUUUAAAGUGUUUUUAAAGAUGCCUCUCUGAAAUUUACCAGUUACAGCUCCUAGAGUAGUCAAAUAUGGUAUGUGUAGCUGAGUCCUCUCUAGCCCUUUACUGGAUACAAUUAAUACAUCAGAGUAUGCUCAGGAUAUGUUUGCUUCCACUUCUUUUUAAGCCUACUGUAGGCAUUACUGAUUUUUAGACUCCUAGAACUCAGAAGAGUACCUAACACGUAAUAGGUUAAUAAGAAAGACUGGAUGAACAGGAAAAGAAAAUCCUGGAAGAUGCAAAAUAAUACAUGCUACCUUAAGAAGCAGUAACUGAAGCAGAAAUAGGACUUCCCCUGUUGCUUCUGUUAGAGAUAACUUAGAAACUUUGGAGAAAUGAGCAAUUCAUAGUAAUAUCACAUGCUAUCUUGUCCCAUUAAUCCUGAGCAAAAUCUACAGUGAUGUUUUACUGUUACAGACAUCGUUGCAUUACUUCCAAAGAUACAGUUUACAUGGUAGGUCAAUAACUUAGUUAUUCCAGUCAAAAUCUUCCAUUCUUCUGUGGUAUGUUCAUUAGAAUAUUCAGUACCUCCAAAUAAAAUAAUAAAUAUUUUCAUUCUUGAUCAAGCCGAAGAGAGUAACAGACCCUGACACCGUUCCAGACUUCAUUCCUCUUAACCUUCACUGAAAAAGGAGUCUGUUGGAAAUACCAAAUAAAUUAUAUGAGCCUCUGAUAGCUACCAACCUUUUUAGUAUCUUCACUCGGCUCACUUCCACCUGUCAAUCUUCACAUCUAUUCAUGUUACUAAAAUACUUUACUCCAGUAAAUAGAACAAGGGCAUUAAUUGUGCUGAUAACAUAGUCUCUUGUAUAGAUCUGAAUUUUUUUUUUCUUAAACCAGAUGAAGAAGGACUAAGCCUGUUACAGUGGGACAAGCUGAACCUGGAGU